GAAAAUACAGUGAAAGGGUGUCCCAUCUUCCACAUCCUACUAUAUAUAAAUCAAUACAGAAGUGUUGAUCUGGUCAAAGCAUUAAUCAGUUGAAAAUUAACAAAACAACAACAAGUUUCCAGUAGUAUCUAUGUUCUAAUAAACACGCUAUAUAAAGUUAAACGGAGCACAUUUGAUUCUAAUAAAUAGUAAUUUGUACACAAUGAAGCAAUUCAAUUAGGCUUUUAUUACGACAUGCACGAUCAUACAUUUCCCAUUAGGAACAUAUAACCAUGAACCACAGCUCUUUUUAUAAAACCUAUGACUGAGUCUAACUGUAACACAUUCUCUUAUUGUUUUAGAGGUAGAUGUGCGGUGGUUUAGCAAUCUAUUUUUCUUGUAUACAAAAGUAAUAUGAGUAUUGAAUAACGAGGUGUUCUGGAUUAAAAGAAAUUAUACCACCAAAAACUCAAGUAACUCUGCCAGCGAAAAUUGAAUAGCCAUGGCUUAUCAAUAAAAGUUAAUCCCAUUCACGUCUGAUUAGCCAGCACCUUAGCCACAGAUUUGAAUCAUACUUAAAAUUAAAUCAACCGUAAAACCAGUGAUCUAAGUAUGAUUACGUGUUUCUUCAUUACUAAACAGAAACUUACUUAACGUUGCCAGCUGAACUAAUCGUCGAUUAUUAUGCAAGGCUAUAUACCACCUAUACAAUGCAAUGCUUUGAAACGGUCCAGUUGCCCGCAUGAGUGGUUGUAAAUAACAAUGUUAUUCUAGCUCAAAUUUGGUUUUCGAAGCUCUUGUUUCAAAUUUGUCAAUUUCACAACUUAACCAAAAAGCGUAGCGAAAUAAAUAAGGAUGGUACAAUUCAGUGAAUUUCAAUACAGUCCCAAAUAAUAUUGUUCCUUAAAACUGUUGGUUAUGAUCUGUAGCAGGGAGGCCAAUCUCAUAUUAUGGACCUGAACAAACAAUGGUUAAAAUAUACUGCGAAUUUUAUAAGUAACCUGCCAACAAUCUCGUUCAAUGAGAGAAUUGAACGAUCCGUGCGUUUUUUUACAAAGCUGGUUUUGAUCAGACUCGAUCGCUCAGGCUUAUCGCCAAGGCAGCCCAUUUCAUAAAGUGGUAAUCAGUCAAGAAAGUGUGCAGCUGUUGUGUUAUAACAUUAGAAAAAAACGUUGACUAACUGAAACAUUUUAUGAGCACAUAAUGAGUAUUUUUGAUUGCUGCGCAUUUUCGUUAAACCACUAACAGCCAUUAGUUUAAUAUUUAGUUUUAACAUUAUUUUAAAAUCAGUAACCAGUUACAAUCUAAAGUAAAAAUGUAAUUCGAGAGUUAAUUAGGCAACACUUGAGUGAGUUUAAGUGUUGCUUAGCACAGCAAUAUCAUCAGCGACGAUAUGUCUCCAAAGCUUCGCUCUAAUUAUGUUGAACUUGAGACAGCGGGGUAACCACAACAAUGUAAGGUCGCGAUUGAAAUAUACUCAGCUUUGAUACUGGCAGCAUGCUCCAAAGAAGUUCAAACUAUUGCGAGCGAAACCGCAGCAUACUAUAAGCGGACGUGACUAAUGAGAUUACAACAGCUCAAGUAGUUUUACAACAGCAUAGGGACUAAGGUGUCUAAAUUCUUAGAAGUUUAACAUGAUGAAAGAUGCGAUGUUACGGAUAGCCUGCUUGAUUAUAUUACAGAUGUUUCCCGAUAGAACUAGCCCAAAACACACUGCAACGAUGUUUACCUCAAGCGGUCAGACCACUUUAUCACCGCAGCCGAUUGACUUCAGAUCUUCGACUGAUUCGAAUGCAAGAUCAGAAAAUACAUCAAUACGAGAUCCCGCAAUUGAGGAAGCAUGUAACGAAUACAGAUCAAUUGCCGCAAAUUACACAAACAAGCGUGAAGUUCUAGAACGUAUUAUGACGUCACAAGCGGCUUGUCAAGUUAUUCACUUCUGCGAAAUGGAGAAUAAAUUUGAUGGUUUCUGUCCAAGUAUGAUAGAUGGGUUAGGUACAUGUUUCCAUCAAUCGAAAAGUGGUCAAACGGCGUCAGUUAGUUGUUUGGAAGAAUUGAAUGGCAUACCAUACAAUACUUCAGAUACGGUAACCAGGAAAUGUUUGGAGGGCGGGCGUUGGGAAAAUCGAUCAGAAUAUAACUGCCGACCUAUACUUGACGAGAUUGUUUGCAAAGAUGUCGCUGAGUUCUUCCACACGUAUGGUUUUACACCAAAAGAGAAACAACCGUGUGAGAUUCAUUUUGCUAAUGUUGUUAAGAUUUCAAUGGCUGGUCGAGGUCUAUCAUUGUUUACAUUGAUAGUAGCCUUCAUUAUAUUUUGUUCAAUUAGAUCACAGUGGAGUUACAGAAGCGGUUGUCUGUACAUUAUUCAUUGGAACUUUGUCAUGUCUCUAAUGUUGAGAAACGUGUUAUGGAUAUGCUUGUACCUCUUUAUGGGUUUCAGCAAUAAUGAAAACAAAACGAUAAUCUGCCCGAUCAUGGUAACGGUAUUUAAUUACGGUCAAACAACCAGCUAUUGUUGGAUGUUCCUGGAAGGUAUAUACCUGCAUAGAUAUGUUGCGAUCCAACUUGGUAACGACGAUAAAUUGUCAUGGAGGUUUUACGUAACCGUUGGUUGGGGAUUUCCUGUGUUGAUAAUGAGCGCAUGGGCUGCAACGAAGUCUGUUUUAGAAACCGGAACAUGCUGGUUGCCUGGUCAAAGCUUAAGUAACGCAGAUUACAUCUUCAAAGUGCCGGUGCUAAUUGCACUUUUGAUAAACUUUGUGAUUAUGAUCAACGUUAUUCGGAUCCUUGUCGUUAAACUCUGCAACCCACCAGCUCGAAGGCCUGCUGACGGUUCUUCUAUUGAAAGCACGCAUUACUUCAAAACAGCGAAAGCAGCCUUAGUGCUUUUCCCAUUGCUUGGUUUGACCUACGUUCUAUUUAUUAUCAGUCCAGGUUAUGGAACGACCGGCGAAACAGUUUUUCUCUAUUUCAAUACUGUUUUAGAUUCUUUUCAGGGUUUCUUUGUUUGUCUUGUUUACUAUUACGCACAUCAUGAUGUACAAGUAGAAGUGUCCAAGAAGUUACGACGAGUCAAAUCUUGUUUUAUGUGUACCAACAGAAAAGAAUACAGCAGGCAGAACCAGUGGUCGCGCCACCUGUCAAGGUCGAAGCAAGCGAACGGUUGUGCUGGAAAUAAGAGAAACCGCAGCAUUACUCUUGUUACAAGUGCACUCAACCCUUCACCAGAAAUAAUUGAAACUGAGAACAGGGAUAUUUCGCACGAGAACACAUCGGAUGAUAACCAGAUAACAAAUGGCUUAGAAUGCACGUCUUUCUUUACAGAAACAAGCGAAUUAUCCAAACCAAAAGACCUGACAUAAUCCCUAUUACUGACACAUGUUUAUGUAAGAAAACGUUGCCAAGGUUAAUCGUUUCGUACAGUUCUAUUUCACGCCUUUAGUUCCAUGUUUUUAAUCACCAACUGUUUUGCAUUACUAUUAUCUUGCCUUAUUGUCGCAGUAGAGGAAAAUAUUAAACUCAACUUAUUCAAA